AGCGGCGAAACGUAUGUUUGCCGAGCAAGAACAGAGCGGUGGUGAGGAAAGUGGCACUGUCAAAUCAUAGGCUGACUGCAUGUUAAAAAAGACGUAGCUAAUUGCAGAUUGCGUUUUACAGCGGAAUGUUCACUCGAAGGGGCCAUGGAGACGUCAAGAAAUCUACACAGAAAGUUCUGGACCCAAAGAAGGAUGUAUUGACCCGACUGAAGCACCUCCGGUCACUGUUAGAUAUCUUUGAGAAGAGUGAAUUGAAGACCUUCUUCGAAAGCAACUGUUCUCAGAUUUAUUUUAUCUUCUAUGAAAAUUUCAUUACACUGGAAAGUAACUUAAAGCAAAAAGGGAACAAAUCUCAGAGGGAGGAGCUGGACUCUAUCCUCUUUAUUUUUGAAAAAAUUCUGCAACUUCUACCAGAAAAAAUCUACAGUCGAUGGCAGUUCCACAGUAUAGGUUCUAUUCUGAAAAAGCUUUUGCACACUGGAAACUCAUUCAAGAUCAGAUGUGAGGGAAUUCGUCUGUUCCUGCUGUGGCUGCAGGCCCUGCAGAAUAACUGUGCAGAGGAGCAGUUCCUCAUCUUCGCCUGCCUGGUGCCAGGCUUCCCUGCCGUGCCCUCCACCAGAGGACCCUGCACCCUGGAUACCAUCAUCUACAACCCUUUCUCCAACCCACCCGAUGCCAAGGUGGUGCCUGAGGAGAUCACCCCACUGGUGCCAGCUGUGCCAGGGGAGAAGCUGGCAGACGACCAGACCUGCUACAUCCUCCAAACCCUGCUCAAGUUCAUGGUUGUCCAGGCGUCUAGUUUAGAGUGGAGGAACAAAGACAACCAGGACACCGGCUUCAGGUUUCUCUUCAGUCUGUUCAAGAAGUACUACCUUCCUCACCUCUUCCCCUCCUUCACCAAGCUCACCAACCUCUACAAGCCACUUUUAGACCUCCCCCACCACAGACCAAAGCCUCUGUAUGUCCCAGUGACCCGUAACAACGAGAGCACGUUCUGUACGAGGGACCAGUACCUAGCUCCCCGUGUGGCCUUUAUCACCUGGCUGGUCACCUUCUUCCUGGACAAGAAGUACAUCAGCACCGCCACCCCCAGCGCCAAGAACGGGACGAACGAGGUCAUCCCCAAACUCAUCCAGACUGUCACUGCAGGCAGUAGCAGUCAGGAGAAGGAGAGGGAUAAAGACCGUGGUGGUAGUGAGGGGGAGCCCAACGGCCCUACAGAGCCAGAGAAGAGCCACUCUAACAGUAGCACGCUGUCUGACCGGCGCCCCAGCGACUCCAGCCUGUGCAGCAUCGACGAGGAGCACCGCAGCGUCUACGACAUGGUGCACGGCAUCCUGCUCUCCACACGGGACAACAUCAACUUCGUCAACGAGGUCUUCCACCAGGCCUUCCUGUUGCCCUCCUGUGAGACGUCAGCGACCCGGAAGGUGAUCAAGGUGUACAGGAAGUGGAUCCUGCAGGAGAAGCCAGGCUUCAUGACGGAGCCAGAGAAGAGCAGUCAGGCUGAGGUGGAGGAGAACCCUGAGCAGCUGCUCAUCACUGAGACUGACAACACACACACACCGGUGUUGAAAAGUCAUGGUCACAAGCGUUCGUCCAGUUGGGGAAGAACAUACUCUUUCAGCAGUGCCAUCAGCCGGGGCUGUCUCACUGAGGAACAGAACAGAGACAUCAAGGCUGGCAUCCAGCCCACCCUGCAGGUGUUCCUGACCAACUCUGCCAACGUGUUUCUACUGGAGCCGUGCCAGGACGUGCCCAAACUACUGGACAACCAGGUGGAGGUGUGCAAGGGGGUGCUGAGCAUCUACCGCCACAUGAUCAUGGAGCACGCCAUGAACACACAGACAUGGUAUGGCAAUGCUACAGGUGUGCUGAGGAUCACUGAGGCGGUGAUGAAGAGGCCUCAGGAGAACCAAAGAAAAGACCCCUUCGCUGAGAGCCUGGCUGCCAUCCUCUUCAGGACGAUCAUCGUGGCGUGGGUACGGGCCAACCUGUGUGUCUUCAUCUCUCGGGAGCUGUGGGACGAGCUGCUGUCUGUGCUGUCGUCUCUAACAGGCUGGGAGGAGCUGGUGACAGAGUGGGCCAGCAUCAUGGAUUCUCUGACCGCUGUCCUGGCCCGCUCAGUCUAUGGCCUGGACAUGAGCAAUCUGCCCCUGGACAAACUCAGUGAACAGAAGGAGAAGAAACAGAGGGGACGGGGAGUGGUCCAGGACUCCCAGAAGGCAGCAGCGGUGGCCAGGUCAUUCUCUCUGAGCUGGAGGAACCAGGGAGACCAGCAGGGGGUCCAGGAGCCCAUGAGGUUCCGCAGCGCUACCACCUCAGGGGCCCCUGGCGUGGAGAAGGCCCGCAACAAUGUCCGACAGAAAGCCACAGCUAAGCGAAGCCAGUCUAUCAGCAGCUGUGUCCACCUUUAUGAGGCUUGCCCGCUACUAAAGCGUCCUAUGCUCUUCACCACUGUGAAGCUCUUUCUUGCCUGGUCUUUCCUCCUCUUCUUGAACUCUUGCUCUCAACAGGCUUUCAGGAGGGCCAGCUGUCCGAGUUGGGGGAGAUGGAGACCUGGAGCUGGUGACAGCCCUCUACCACGAGCAGCAGCACCUCCGACAUCACACAGCAACUGUCUGACACCUUCCCAGGCCAUAAGAGAGCGUACUCCCCCAACAACUCCUGUGGCUCCGAUGGCAGGACGUCAGAAGGGAGGAGAGACGGCGGACCCACCCUUGAUUUUGAUCCGGCGGAGCAGCAGUCCAGCUGAGCUGGACUACCCUGUAGAGGGACACAACACAUACACAAGGCUCCAGCUCCGGAGAAAAAGUGAGAGUGUGAGCAGCGAGACGUCCAACGGGUACCUGAACGACGCUGACGCCAGCCUGCUGGCCUGGCAGGCCUUUGAGGAGGAGGCAGACACUCAGUCAGCCCAGAUAGAUGUCACAGCAGACACAGGGAGCCAGAGGAACCUGCUGCUCAGCCACAAUGAGGCCCUUGCAGGUCCCGAGUGUGCCCUCUCUCCCCACUCCGCACCACUGUCUCAGCACCAGCACCCCCCCGCCUCGCCAGCUUUGCUCGUGCACCCUGAGUGCCGGGACUGCCCCCAGCUCCUGGAGGACACCAUGCAUCAGUCUGUGUUACACAUGCCUCAGGACCUGGACAGCAGUGAGUGUCUGACUGAUGAUGUCAGCAUCAUUGCAGGCGGGAGCCUGACAGGCUGGCACGCUGACUCAGCCUUUGUGCUCUGGAGGAGGAUUCUGGGUAUCCUGGGGGAUGUCAACAGCAUCCGCUGCCCCAGGAUCCACGCCAAGGUGUUCAGUUACCUCUACGACCUGUGGCACAAAUUGGCUAAGAUCCGGGACAACCUGGGCAUCAGUGUGGAUAACCAGUCAUCUCCUCCCCGCCCUGUCUUCAUCCCUCCUCUCAGAAUGCUGGCCUCCUGGCUCUUCAAGGCCACCAUGCUGCCAGCAGAGUUCAAGACGGGGAAGCUGCAGGCCUAUAAACUAAUCUGUGAGAUGAUGACUAAGAACCAGGACGUGCUGCCCAACAGUGACUUCCUGGUCCAUCUCUACCAAGUCAUGCACAAGGGCUUCACCAGCGAGGACCAGGACGUUCUAAACACAGUGAUCCGUUCCUGUUCCCCACGCUUCUUCUACCUGGGCCUGCCUGGCUUCACUAUGCUGGUGGGAGACUUCAUCACCGCUGCAGCACGCAUCCUCAGCCACGACACCGCCGAGGCUCCGAGGAUUGACGCACAGACCGUCCUUGGGUCGCUGGUCUGUUUUCCCAACCUCUACCUGCAGAUUCCUCUACUGCAGACUGUUCCUGGAACUGAUGACAUCGUCGUUGGGAACGAGGACAUUAAGGACUAUCUGGUCAACAUCUUACUGAAGACGGCACGGAAUGAACCCUGUGAGGCAGCCAGGUGUAUAGCUGUGUGUAGUCUGGGCCUGUGGGUAUGUGARGAACUGAUGCAGAAUAAUAUUCACCACCAGGUCAAGGAUGCCAUCAAUGUACUGGGCGUAACACUAAAGUUUGGGAACAAGCCUGUGGCUCAUGUAGCCUGUGACCUGUUCCAGCUCCUCAUCUCUCACUGGGAACACCUCCAGAGACUAGAGCGCUCUCUCCCAAAGAAAAUCAUUGAGAUCUUUGUGGCUACUAUAGCAUUUCUGUUGCCGAGCGCAGAGCACUCGGCAGUGGAGGCUGACAAAAAGCUAAUGGUGUCUCUGCUGCUGUGCCUGCUGGACUGGUGCAUGGCCAUGCCCCUGAAUAUGCUGCUGGAGCCCAUCACCAUGCCCGUGCUGGAGGACUCCACAUCCCACAAGGCCCCUCUGCUCGACUACAUCUACAGGGUGCUUCACUGUUGUGUCUCUGGCUCCAACCUGCACACCCAGCAGAGUCACUACCUCCUGAGCCUGUCUGACCUCUCCACUGACUACGACCCCUUCCUCAUGCUGGGCCAGGUCAAGAAUUCUGAGCCCCCGCCCUCACACACCGCUGCAGACUUUGGCAACCUGCUCACCGUUGCCGAGGAGAAGAAAAGACGGAAUAUGGAGCUCAUCCCUCUGACAGCACGGAUGAUCAUGACACACCUUGUGAACCACCUGGGCCACCAUCCCCUCAGUGGUGGCCCUGCCCUCCUGCACAGUCUGGUCAGUGAGAACCAUGACAACCCCUUUGUGGAGUCAUCAGAACUCUCCUCUGAGGUGUUCAAGAGCCCCAACCUGCAGCUGUUUGUGUUCAACGACAGCACCCUGGUGUCCUACCUCCAGGUACCCUCGGAGCCCUCUGGUCCAGGGGAACCCUAUGACAACUCCUCCCAGGUACGGGUCAUCGUCAGGGACAUCUCUGGAAAGUACUCCUGGGACGGAGGGGUCCUCUACCGCACCCAGGAGGGAGUCAACGGCAUGCAUCAGAGGACCUCAGACCACUCCACCACCAAGCCUACCUCACCAGGCACCUCAGACCCCUCCAACCACUCCACCACCCGCUUACCUACCGCACCUCACACCACUCCACCACCAAGCUCACCUCACCAGGCACCUCAGACCCCUACAACCACUCCACCCCAAGCUCACCUCACCAGCACCUCACACCACUCCACCACCAAGCCCACCUCACCAGGCACCUCAGACCCCUACAACCACUCCACCACCAAGCUCACCUCACCAGGCACCUCAGACCCCUACAACCACUCCACCACCAAGCCCACCUCACCAGGCACCUCUGAGCGCUCCAACCCCCCUGGCUGGGACUCCCAGUCAGGCUGUGAUGAGGAGGAGGAGGAGGCUGAUGGCCUGGACCAGCUCCUAGAAGACCUGGGAUACAGCAGCCCUGAGUGCCUGCCCCAGCCCCGGCUGAGGCUCAACCAGCCAGCCCCCUCUCCCUGUGGGAUGAACCUGGAGCAGGAGGGGGCCAUCAUGGAGGCCAUCCUCAGGCAGACGCAGCAGGAGGAGGAGCAGGUGAAGAGGUGGAACGCAGACGUGAGUGUCAAGGCCACCGGCCAGAGAGAACCCGCUCACCAGGAGCCCAAAGCUCUCUUCUACUUCUGCAGACUGCUACUCAACGACCUGGGCAUGAACUCAUGGGACCACAGGAAAAGCUUUCAUCUCCUGAAGAAGAACUCAAAACUUUUGAGAGAACUGAAGAAUUUGGAUUCCAGGCAGUGCAGGGAGACACACAAGAUCGCUGUGUUCUACAUCGGAGAGGGUCAGGAGGACAAAUGCUCCAUCCUGUCCAACAGCGCAGGCAGYCAGGCCUACGAGGAUUUUGUGUCUGGCCUGGGAUGGGAGGUGGAUCUAGCCACACACUGUGGCUUCAUGGGAGGGCUUCAGAGGAACGGCAGCACAGGACACACUGCUCCCUACUACGCUACCUCCACGGUGGAAGUCAUCUUGCAUGUGUCCACACGCAUGCCGUCCAACUCUGACGACUGCCUCACCAAAAAGCUGCGUCACCUGGGAAACGAUGAAGUUCACAUAGUGUGGUCGGAGCACAGCAGGGACUACCGGCGCGGCAUCAUCCCCACUGACUUUGGAGACGUGCUGAUCAUCGUGUACCCCAUGAAGAACCACACGUUCUUCAUCCAGAUCAUGAAGAAACCACAGGUCCCUUUCUUUGGGCCUUUGUUCAACGGGGCCAUCGUAACUGGAACGCUGCUGCCCAGCCUGGUGCGCGCCACCUGCAUCAACGCCAGCAGAGCUGUCAAGUCCCGCCUGACGCUCUACCAGAGCUUCUAUGAGGAGCGUGCGCUUUACCUGGAGGCCAUCGUGCAGAACCACCGGGAGGUCAUGACCUUUGAGGACUUUGCCUCGCAGGUCUUCUCCCCUUCAACCAGCUACUACCCAAUGAGUGGGACAGGCUCCCUCAGUGGCAGCACGAGUGCUGAGCUCAGUGUUUCCGUAGGAACGGACCAUGUGGACCAGGUCUCUCCCACGAUGCCCCGUGCCACAAAGAACAGAGUUUCCGGAAAACUCCGCCGAUCAGCCAGCGCCAUAAGCAAAUCCUCCAACUGAGAUCUCUUGCCCAACCCACCCUCAAAACCUCCCGUUUGGCCUUCAUUACCGGUCCUGUUUUAAACCGUCAUACUGACCCCUUAUGACUGCAGUUUGGGGGUGUGCUUUGUUUGUUUUGUUUUGUGUGUGUCGUUUAAACCUUUAUCUGGAGCAUAUUGCACAUUUUAAUUUGUGGCAAUUAUUGAUUCUUUGAUACAUUUCCAGAUAUUUUGCUGUUGAACUGCAUAUUUGAGAUGAAGUUAUUGAAGUUUUUUCCAAUGUGGCUGCACUUUGUUUUGGAAGAAUCAAAGCUUCUUUUUAAUUUAUGACUGAUAAAUAGCACUACUCAGUACAGUGAUAAAACGAGGUAUGUAUAGCCAGGGACUGGAGUGAAAGAUCAUGUUAGGAGACUUGAAGUUGACCUAUCAUGAACAUUUCAAUAUUGUUUUUUCAUGCCAUAGCUGUUGAGCUGGUAGUUGACACUGCUGUAGAGGACAACUCUAAGAGGCUGAAAUGCUAGAGAAAUGGGAGACUGUCUUAGAUUGUAUUCUUGUGAAGAGAAGCUGCCGCGCAUAUAUAGUUAAUAUAUACUGUAAUAAAACAUUUCUUAUCGUCCAUAUGCAUUUUGAUAUGUCUGCCUUUUUGGUUUUCUCAUUGACCCCCCCCCCCCCUUGUGAUCCUGCUGUGUGAAACACUGAUGAUAGUCUUGCAAUGCUGUUGAUAGGAUGAUUUUUUUUAGGGUGGUGUGUUGUUGUUUGGUUUGUUGUUUGUCCUGGGUCUUGAGCCAUGGAAGCCUGUCUGUCUGCCUGGGUCAUACUCAUCCUCUUGUUGUGGAGAGGAGAAAGGACUGCGUCAUAGGAGGUGCUGCUCUAGCAUAAUGCUGCACCGUACCACACACUUCCUGGUUACGGACUGCUGUGAGUGUGUGCAGUAGGAGUCUGUUUUUAAUAGUUAUGAACCUGGAAUGGACAAUCAAUGAUGUCUUUCCAACAUGAGGUGAAUCGAAGCUUGUUUUUGUUUUUCUAUCUCUCUAAUGUCCUUUUUAAAUGGAUUCCGAUGGAUUUUGUCGUGCUUUGAUUUAUGCAACUCUGCUGGAAAUKAGAAAAUACUGCAUUUGUAAUUGUUUAGUGAUGUUACCCUGUUUAACCUGGGUUCAUAACCUGUAAUCCAAUAAGUUCCAUCUGUCUCUUCCUCUGCUAUAAUUUUCUUGUUGUCUUGUAAAGCUACAAAUAUGACAUUCCAAUGUCCCUACAGAUKAUAUUUUGCACUCACUGUCAUUGAACACUAGCAUUGAAUGUUUUUUUCUCUUUAUUCUUGGAUGUAAAUUGCUUUACAUUUUAUUUUAUGUGUUUGUUUCAGUGUGUGAGAGCAUGCAAAGUCAUAUUUGAAGACAUAUUUUGCUGUUGUGUUGUAUAAUGUAUACAUGUGCUGUUUAGAGGAAGACGUCGCCGGAGCCUCAGGUGAAUCUUAACUCCAUGCACUGUGUGUGUGUUUCUGAAGGAGCUUAUUGCAGUGCCUGUGUAAUAUCUGUCCACCAAUAUCCAUUCCUAGACCCCACCACUGUUAGACAUAAUUUGAUUUAUUUAGUUUUUCUUCAUUCCAAGAAGCAAAACGUGGACAGCUAGCUUUGCCUUCCUGUCUCACAUCUCUGUUAACUAGAGGGAGAGUGUUUCUCUCCCCCCCCCCAUUUGACUGUAAAGGUUGUUCUAGUCCUCACAAGCGUUUUAUAUGAACAGAUUGACUGGGUUUGGCCCACUUUGUUUAGUCUAUUUGAGGAGGUGCACUUUUCUCUCGGAAUUGGAAACAAAUGCCACCUCCUCUUUCCCAUGAUGCACCAUGAGUAACCUCAUGAAGCCGGUGGGGGUUUGGGAGUUAGAAGGCAUACCAGCGCUGAGCUCUGGCGAACCUCCUAGCAAUAGGCAGGUUGGCUCUGUGCUACCCACGCCCCCUCCUCCUCCCACCCAAACCUGCCGCUUUAGGUUGCCAUGGAAGCCAGGUGUUACAUAUACAUGAUGGAGGGCUGCAACACUGUCCGUCUGUUGCACUACUUUACCUUACCCGUACAUCUCCAUUUCCUUUCAUUUUGUUCUCUCGUUUUUUUGUGUCUUUCUUUCCCAAGCACUGAUUAAUAACAUAGGAGGCACGAAUGUCGAGUUUGUUCAGAGAGAAUGAAGUCCGUUUUUUGCAUUUGAAGAAUGUAUGCAAAUACUGACCUGAGUCAGAUCAAUGCUCUCACUUUCCCAAUAGCCACUGUAAAGAACUACCCAGAUAUUUUUACUGAUCUUCUUAUGGAGUUUAGAUUGUAGAUUUGAUGUUGUGGAUGGGAUCCCUGUUUUAUAUGGGAGAAUAUGGGCCUAAGGUGUUGUUUGGACCAGGGUAAGGAUUGUGUCUUACUCAGACUGGUUCAACUCAUGUAAAGCAACAGAUUUAGUGUCAAUUCUAGAUUUUGGUUUAGGAAUCCUGUACAUUGUGUCAAAUUGAGGGCUCCAGUCCUUAUGAAUAUACAUAUAUUAAUGCCUGUAAUAUAAUCUUUGUAUAAGAGGAAGAGGACGAUUUCAUCAUUACUUGUUAACAUAUCAAACUGUUUUUAAUGGCAGAAGUCAUGCUAUCUUUAUUAGAAAUGUGAAAAUCGAAAAUAUUUCAUUAAAUCAAUUUGAAAUUCUU